UUACAUCGAGCGUUCGCGAUAGCUCAACCACCUCAUCCAUACGCUCUGUAAAGUCAUAGCUCAUUCCUGAACUCGAUCGAUACGGCUCUGUGGAUCUUUGAUAUAGGGUUGGAAGACGAUUUUGAGGAUCAUCACUUUUGAGUGACGUGCGGGAAUAUUGUUGUGGUGGGGGCGUGUUAUGCAGGAUUUAGGGUUCAGUGUGGUACCAGUUGCGGCAGCCAACUGGGCAGAGUGGCGGUUUGAGCUGCUCACUACUGCUCACUGCUGCUCACUGCUCACUUGCUCAGACUGGCUCAGACACUGCCGGCUUCACUGGCUCCACUGGCUCACCGCAGUCUCAGUCUUCGGGUCUCUCGGUGUCUUGUAUGGCCAUGCGUCGCUCACUGCGCUCUGCACCAUCUCAGGAACGCUCGAGACUCGUCAUCGCAUUCGGUGUGUCCUUACGUGGGAGUAUCGUGGCACGUAGCCCGCCGGCCCAAGAAGAAGAAGAGGAAGUCGCUCCGGAGUGCGGACCAGAAGCUGAGCGUGAACGAUCUGGGGUCAAAGGGUUCGCACUGCUGUUCGCAGUUCCGAAGGCGAAGUCGUGCGGUGCGCACUGGGAUCGAAGACUUUGGUUUUUCAUUUAUCGAGGAGCGGGUUGCGGUACGAGGGUCACUUUUGGGCUGGUUUAUAGAAAUUUUGAAUUUUAUUUUAUCCAAUUUUUGGAUACGGUUUUACGGGUUUUAUAUCGAACGGACAGACUCGUCGGGGCUUUGUGAUGGGAUUGUUGUGUGUGAUUGAUGUUGAUUUUUUUAGUGCUUUUUCGGAAACUCAAGAGGAGACGAAGAGGGAUUUUGUGUACUGCGUGGUUUUUUUUACGGGAUGUAGGGGGUAGUCUAUUUUUCAAGAUGUUUUUUCUAUUUGUGAUCUGACGCAGGUUAUUGUAUCUUUUGGGUUUUCGUUCGUUAUACGAAUAUUGCUGUGCUCGAGAUUUUUGAGUAUUUUUUUUUUUGGUUUUGAGUGUGGCUUACUAUAUUUUUUAAGCACUGACAAUAGUUUAUAAUGGUGACGUAGAAACUGUGCGAAUAUCAGAGACUCGGUAUUGCGAGAUAAUGUUUUUUUUUUAAAAAAAAAGUCAAUUUUCGAAAUAUCUAAUUUUUUAUGAACCAACGGUGCUUAUCCUACCGACGAAAUUAUCAAGCAUCAAAAUAUUGAAAAGUGCCUUUAAACAAUCUAGCCUAUCAAAACUAAAUCCACGUGUCUUAAAUCCAUCCCACGGUGAUACCCGACGCAAAGUAUAAUCCCACAACGCAAACUAAAGUUGCGAGAAAGAAUCACGCCGUCGUAGCCGAUCGCGAGUGCAACGUCGGUCUCUAAUAAAACGUUUAACCCAAGGAGCCGUUCGUUCGCGUAUGAAAUAAAAAGAUAUUAACACCCCGUCGUUCAGUCAGCCACAAAGAGUAAAAAAAAAAAAAUAAAAAAAUAUUUCACGACCAGCUAAGUGUGUUCUACCUAAAAAGAAAAACUUGUUCACACUACAGUGAAUCUUGGAUAGUGUCGUUAUCAACAGAAAAAAAAAAGAAGAGUUUCUUAACUUCUGUGCCUUAUCGUACUGUGAAACAAAAAAAUCCCGGAGACACCCUAUCAGCCGUAACUCAAUAUUGUACAGUGACUCGUGAAAAGUUAACCGAUCAGUGGUAUCCAAGCUGGAUCCCCGUAGAGCGUCAGGAAUUUCGCCCUUCGGGUAAGUACCAAGUACUACGAGGUAGAACCAACUGCCAACCUAACCUAACCAGCGAGUUAGAACCAGCCACUGUGUCCUGUAAAAGGAAUCAUAAGAAUGCACUAAGUACAUCUCGCAAGCUGUAUGGUCAGCGCGCAAAGCAUUGAUUGGCGCGGUAGCCAUGUCACGGGAUCGACAAGGUGUAGAUCGCCAAGACGACGUGGAUCCUGGAGAGUGGGAUCACAGCAGCAGCAGUGGAAACAGGUGGUUUCCGGCGUAGCGAAAAAUCCACGAGAUUCAUCACGCGGUCGUCGCCAUCAGUGUCACUGCUCUUAUUAUCACGACUGUUGUCCUGAUCUUGGUGCUCCUUGUGAUUGUAAUUCUAUUGUGAUCCUUAAGGCCGAUUCACGCGCCUCGUACCUACGGCCUCCCUGCUGGCCUGGCCAGCUACUAUGCGAAUUGAAGCUCUCAGCACCUUUGUCGCGGUGGUUUGGCUGACCGCACUCCUGUGCCCGUGGCUUGCUGCCGCCGGUAACGUCACAUCAUCCCUAUCACGUAGACCCAGGGAACAUCCUUUUAGAGGACACAUCUCUCACUGGACAGUGCCGCUAGAGGAUACGUCGAACAAGCGAAUGACAUACAGAGAGAUGCAGAUGGUUCUGCGCCAGGAAGGUGGGGAGGAUGGUGCACCGGUCGACUGCUGUCCCACUAUAGAGGAAAUGGUCGAACCUGUUGGCGGUAGGAAUCGCCAGGAUAUGUAUGUAGAGCUAUACCGGGAUGGCGAUAAUGCGCAACGUUUCUUCGAGUACUCCUGCAGAGCCGACGUCCUGGAAAAGCCAUGCCGUUUCGUCGACCGGAAGCUGAGCAAUCAGUCGAAAUGCGUGCAGAAAUUCUCUUACACGUACGCCAUCGUCAAGAAUCCUGCCUGGAAGGCCGGUAUCGAAGGACACGGCAGACAUCAUCACAGUGAGUAUCAUUUUCCGGCUUUCCCUGGUAAUGGGGUAGGUAGCUCCCCGUGGAUCCUGGAUUACGUCAAAGUGCGCAGCGGGUGCAGCUGCGAGGUCAUGCCUAAACCCAAGAAGAAGAAAGCGACGGCUACGAAAUCGAAAAAAGCCAGGAGCAAAUUGCGUCAGCCGCGCGAUCACGACUCCGAUUUAGAUAUUUGAACCGGAGUUUUAGACUCGCGAGCACCAUUGCUUCUUAUGGUGUAGUAAUUAAAUCCUGUGGACUCUAGCCAAUACUUAGUUUACUCGUAAUUGCAUCUAUUAUACUCUGUCCAUAAGUGGCCGUCGAUAGAUGUCGCCAUUUACGGACAAAUUCAUUGGAACGAUGAUUAGCCUGCCUUUGAGCAUAUCUGAGCUCAAAGGUACGCCAAUCGGAAUCAUUUUUAUUUUCAUCGUAUUUAUUGACGAAUCCUAAUUCAGGAGUUUGAAUAUUUUUGGGAAGCGUAGGAAAAUCACCGGAGAGCCGCCACUGCGUAUUCCUUUGAAUACUCUCUUUUUAUUGGUGAUUUCUUUUUCACUUCGGAAAUUCAAACGCGAUCAACUAUAAUUUGAGCGUUCGCUGCUCGCAUUUGGCUUGUCCCACUCGAAUUAGUUUUUGAGUGUAUUCUCGCUCUGUAUUACGCAUAUCUGUCAUUAUUAUUAGGGCGAUCAGUACAGGCGAGUUCUCAUCGGUAAGUUAGUCAUGGCAGAGCCGGCGAACGUUUUGGAUGAAGUCUCGAGAUCACAAUUACCCUACUUAAUUAAAAUACUAGCGAAGGUAGACGAUAAUAAUUUUUAUAUGCGGCCAGUUCUUACUAUUUUAUUUGUAUAUGAACAAAUUUGUACCUAUUUAAUGUUAAAUUGUACGUUAUACAUAUAAAAAGAGAUUUCAUACGUGUAACUAGUUUAGCAAUUAUGAUUUUAAAAGUAAUCUGAUUGUUCGAUGGAUCUGCGUGUUAUUUGGGGCCGUCGGUGCGCCCAAAUACAAAAACUUGUAGCUCUGCUAGGAAUUAUUUAAUUCAUUAUCGGUUAACUAUUCUAGAUACUAUAAUUACCUAUGCACUGACUAGAAAGAGUACAAGGUGUCGCGAAUAAAUUGUUGCAUCCAAUCCGAUUUGAUCUGAUUAUAUCGGAUUUCAUCUCGAUGGGGUAAUAAAUAAGUUUGAUGCACCCCGUAUAUCGUAAUGCUCUAUUUAUGAAUGUUUAAAAUUGUAUUUACAUGAUAUUAUCAAUUUAAUAUUUGAUAACUUACUUUCGCGCAAUCUACCAUAAAUGCAACUCCCGAUUUUAAGAGUUUUAAUAGAUGGCCUCUCUAUCCUUUUAUUAAUUUCCAUGUACUAUAUAAUAUUCUAUAGGCUUUCAGAGAUCACAAACUGUACUCUGUAAUGCCAUGUAAACAUUGUAAAUACAUAAACUAUUAAUACAA